AGGAAAAAGCUUUCACCUCUUCCUCUUGCCUUUUCUUCUAUAAAUUCUCUGCCCAGCCAACUUUUCAGAAAAUCCCACACACCCUUUCCUCUGUUCUCUCUCUCCAAAUCCCAGCUUUGAAUCCAUGGCUCGACUGCCAUCAUUGUUAAUUUCUCUGUUAACCAUCCUGGGGCUACAAACAUCAGGUGUUGUUUCAAGGACAUUCACAAUGGAGAACAAGUGCGACUACACAGUGUGGCCGGGCAUUCUCACCAACGCCGGCGUCUCACCUCUUCCGACCACCGGCUUCGCCCUCGCAAAGGGCGAAACGAAAACUAUCUCCGCCGCAGCCUCGUGGGGCGGCCGCUUCUGGGGCCGAACCCUCUGCUCCCACGACUCUGCCGGCAAAUUCUCCUGCCUCACCGCCGAUUGCGGCUCAGGAAAAUUAGAAUGCUCAGGCAACGGAGCCACCCCGCCCGCCACUCUAGCUGAAUUCACACUCGACGGCUCCGGCGGGCUUGAUUUCUUCGACGUCAGCCUCGUGGACGGGUACAACCUCCCAAUGCUGGUCGUCCCCAAUGGCGGCACUGGGACCAACUGUACGAACACCGGCUGCGUUACCGACCUCAACACCAUCUGCCCUUCCGAUCUCAAGGUCACCAGUGCCGACGGAGGUGAAGCAGUCGCGUGCAAGAGCGCGUGCGAGGCGUUCGCUCAGCCGCAGUACUGUUGCAGCGGCGCCUACGGUUCACCCGACACUUGCAAGCCCUCUCAAUACUCUCAGAUUUUCAAGAGCGCGUGCCCGAAAGCAUACAGUUACGCUUACGACGACAAGACCAGCACCUUCACAUGCGCCGGUGGCGACUACACCAUCAUCUUCUGCCCAUCGCCUAGCACCAGGUUUUUUCCGUUACGUCGGUUUAACUCAACGGAAUAUCCGAAAGCCAGAAAGCGUCACAGGACAACACACAGCCGCAGCCGACAACCACACCGCCGUCGACAACCACCUCAACCUUGCCGCAAGAGAUAAACAACACAAUGGAGUACGAAGGCGGCUCAUACGAUUCAUUUUCGGCCGCGUCCAUUCACACGUUCGAACCACGUGUAAUGGGUACGGUCGGCGUCAUCGCUUUGCUAUGGCAGCUCUUGUUCUAACUGAGUCGCUGUUGGUUGGGCCCAUGUGAUUCAAUAACAUGGCCCCAAUUUAGGAUGGUGGACCCUUCAACAUUUUUCUUUUCGAAAGAGGGUCCUCAUCCUGAGAUCCUCCUGAUGAUCGAUCUAUCUGGACCGUUCAAAAUUUAAUUCAACGGUUCUAAAUAGGGGAUUUUUGAAAAAUUAUAAUAAUUGCAACCGAUAGAUUAAAUUUGAAAGGUCUAGAUAGAUCGGUCAAGAAGAUCCCUAUCUUGAACUCAGGAGAGGAUCAUCUUCCUUCCUUUUCUGGCCAUGUGAAUUUUGGUAGGUGGACCCACAUGGAUGGCCAUGGUUACGUGGAAUAGAGUCAUGUGAUGGGAAAAGCCAGCCUACGAGAGAUUUUUCAAUGUGAUCGGAAUACAAGAUAGUACAUCACAUGUCGCUAUACAAAUGGUGAGAUAUGUGUGUUAAAAAGUUAAUAACUUAAAAAAUAAAAAAUUUCACCACUUAUAUUAAAACACGUGGUGUACUAUCCAUAUUCUGAUUACAAUAAAAAAUUUCUCCCCACCCACCUGUCAGCUUCUAAAAUCCAAUUGGCAGAGGUUAGAUUAGAUUAUUGGAUUAUUAGGUAAUUAGAUUAGAAAUUAGGGAUUAUAUAUGGAAAAAUUAUUGCGGCUCAUUUGAAAUUUUUUUUUAUUGUUUUUCGUCAUCCAAUUCUUUAUAUUAAAUGGAGGGUCGAAAUUCAUUUUUGUUUGUUGUGGGGAAUGUAGUGAUACACAUCAUAUGUAAAAUAUACAAUAUAUAAUUUAUAUAUUGUAAACUGCAUAAUUUGUUUCUAAGAUAAUGAAGUUUUUGUUUUUGCUAA